UUGCGAAAGAGCCUUCCUUCAAGAGUUCAUCCUAUACCCACCUACAGGAACGAUUAUGCCUCUCCCAGCUACGCACGAGUUACACAUCUAUGGCUCUAUCAACGGCCAUGAGUUUGACAUGGUAGGCGGUGGUGACGGCAACCCGAAGGACGGACACAUGCAGACGAAUGUGAAGUCCACAAAGGGCCCCCUCGCCUUCUCCCCCUACAUCGUGACCCCCCAUCUCGGGUACGGGUUCUACCAGUACCUCCCCUUCCCUAACGGGGAGAUGUCACCGUUCCAGGCCGCUAUGCAGGACGGCGGGUACGAAAUCCACCGCACGUUCCGGUUUGAGGACGGCGCCAUGCUGAGCGCCAACUACAAGUACUUCUUCGACGGCACACACAUCAAGGGAGAGUUUUGUCUGACUGGAAGCGGUUUUCCCGCUAACGGCCCCGUGAUGACCAGCGCCAUCACCGGUGUGGACGACACCGUGUCCCGCAUGGUCCCGCUCGACAACAACAUGCUCUUCGACGCCUUCAGCUGGGGCUACCGAACCAGCAGUGGAAAGACGUACGAGGCCAUGGUCAACACCAACUACCAGUUCGGCAAGCCGAUCCCGGCAGGCAUCAAGAGCAAGCUGCCGAUGUUCGUGUUCCGUAAACUGGACAUCAAGGUCUCCAAGACCGAGGUCACCUUGGUGGAGUGGCAGAAAGCUUUCUCCGAGCCACAGUAAGA